GUCACGCGCGGGAUUCCUAUUUAAAUGCCCGCCGCCUCCCAUCACCUCGCGGUACUGCAGCGGCAAUCGGAGGGUUCUUCGUCGUGCGGAAGGUUUGCUAGGGAACCAGUGCUACAAGAUGUCUCUCAAGCAAAAGCUGAUUGAAAAUAUUCACAAAGAGGAACACCCUCAUGCCCACAACAAGAUUACUGUAGUUGGGGUUGGUGCAGUUGGCAUGGCUUGUGCCAUAAGCAUUUUGAUGAGGGAUUUGGCUGAUGAACUUGCCCUCGUUGAUGUCAUAGAGGACAAGCUGAAGGGAGAAAUGUUGGACCUUCAGCAUGGCAGCCUCUUUCUCAGAACACCAAAAAUUGUCUCUGGCAAAGACUAUGCUGUGACUGCCCACUCUAAACUGGUCAUCAUCACUGCUGGAGCCCGCCAGCAAGAGGGCGAGUCUCGCCUUAACUUGGUUCAGCGCAAUGUGAACAUCUUCAAAUUCAUCAUUCCCAAUGUUGUCAAGUACAGCCCUGACUGCAAGCUGCUUGUUGUUUCAAAUCCAGUGGAUAUUCUGACUUACGUGGCAUGGAAGAUCAGUGGUUUUCCUAAGCACCGUGUUAUUGGAAGUGGUUGCAAUCUGGACUCUGCCCGUUUCCGCCACUUGAUGGGGGAGAGGCUGGACAUCCACCCUCUCAGCUGCCACGGCUGGAUUGUUGGAGAGCACGGAGACUCCAGUGUGCCUGUCUGGAGUGGCGUGAACGUUGCUGGCGUCUCCUUGAAAGCUGUGCAUCCUGAUAUGGGGACUGAUGGUGACAAAGAGAACUGGAAAGAAGUCCACAAGCAAGUGGUAGACAGUGCUUAUGAGGUUAUCAAGCUGAAGGGAUAUACAUCUUGGGCAAUUGGCCUUUCUGUGGCUGAUCUAGCUGAAACCAUCAUGAAGAAUUUAAGGAAAGUGCAUCCAAUUUCUACAAUGGUGAAGGGUAUGCAUGGAAUUAAAGAUGAUGUCUUCCUUAGUGUUCCUUGUGUCCUGGGCUACUCUGGCAUUACAGAUGUGGUGAAAAUGACACUGAAGAGUGAAGAGGAAGAUAAAUUGAGGAAGAGUGCAGAUACACUCUGGGGGAUCCAGAAGGAGCUUCAGUUUUAAGCCUGACAUCCUUUCACUUCACUGCUUACCUAGUGUUCAAUGAGUCUUAGUGGAUUAUCUCGUUGCACUUUUCAAAUAGGUCAACUCCCUUUAUGAUGUGUAACAACUAGAAACACACACAAUUAAUUUUACAAACAAAAUGCAGAUUCCAAUUCAGUAGGAAACUUGCAUCUCCUGUUGACUGGAGCCCUGGUCUGUGGUCAGAACUGGAUUGUAACCUAGUUUUGUUGUGUAAAAUAGUUUGAGCACACUAUGAAACAGCACCGCCAAAUGAAAUCUUCCUGCCUUUCCUCAGCAGAGAGCUCAGUUGGUUUCCCAAAAACUGUAGAACACCAACAACCAAAGAAUACUUUGUGAUCAAAGAGGAUUGGCAAAUACACUGACCAUGUUCUCAACUUGACAGAAGACUUAAUCUCUGCUAUUGAACAGCUUUAAAUGUAUUUUUCUGAGUCUUUGUGUACACUUUUCAAGAGAACCAUGUGUACUCUACAGGAGUAAUUGAAAGUUGUCUUAAAUGUAAAGUCAAAAAACCUCUGUAUGCAACAAUUACAACUGAUGCAAUUGUCUAACUGUAGUACCAGCCCAACCAACACAAUAAACAAGUUAACUGCUA